AGAGAGAGAAAGAGGAAAAAGAAGAAACUGCCUACAUCUGGUGGAGUAAUUGCAGUGUCUGAGGAAUUUGCCUGAAGAGGAAAAACGAACAAUCCAUCUGUUUACUCCUCAGUUCACACUGUAGAAAAGCUAUGACCGCACCUGAGAGAGCUCGAAGCACUAGCGGCCAACCAGAGGGCCCAUAUCGGGCGAUAGAAAGCCUGGAGCGACUGGCCACGAUGAACUUUGAGGGCAAAGACACACUGGACAAGCUGUUUGAUUUCUCCGUGGAGAGGUUUAAACAGGCAGACUGCCUGGGCACACGAGAAAUACUCAGCGAGGAGAGUGAGACUCAACCCAGCGGGAAAGUGUUUAAGAAGCUGGUGAUGGGGGACUACCACUGGAGGUCGUAUGAGGAUGUAGACCGUGAGGUGGGGUUGUUGGGGAGUGGCCUUGCAGCCCUUGGUCAAAAGCCAGGCAACUCCAUCGCCAUCUUCUGUGAGACACGGGCGGAGUGGAUGAUCACUGUUCAAGCCUGCUUCAGACGCAAAUUCCCAUUGGUGACAUUGUAUGCCACGCUGGGUGAAGAUGCCGUGGCUUACGGGUUAAAUGAGUGUGGUGCUACCCAUCUCAUCACCAGUAAAGAGCUGAUGGAGACGAAACUGAAGAAUGUGUUUUCCCGAGUGUCUGGUUUGCAGCAUGUCAUUUGUGUGGACCGUGAAGGUGUAAAUAAGGCAGCUUACCCAGAAUCCCUCGCCGUCCACACCAUGCAGGAAGUGCUAGAUCUGGGGGCCAAACCUGAGAAUUUGAAUGUGGAAUUUGAAAGGCCAAGUCCCUCUGACCUGGCUGUGGUGAUGUACACCAGUGGCUCCACGGGGCGGCCCAAAGGAGUGAUGAUGAUUCACAGCAACCUCAUUGCUGGCAUGGCUGGCCAAUGCCAGAGGAUCCCUGGGCUGGGUAAUAAGGACACAUAUAUUGGCUAUCUGCCCCUGGCACAUGUACUGGAGUUGACUGCUGAGAUCUCCUGUCUGACAUAUGGAUGCAGAAUCGGCUACUCCUCCCCUCAGACACUCUCAGAUCAGUCGACUAAGAUAAAGAAAGGCAGUAAGGGAGACUGUUCCGUGCUCAGACCCACACUGAUGGCUGCAGUUCCAGAGAUAAUGGACCGUAUCUAUAAGAAUGUGAUGAGUAAAGUACAGGAGAUGGGAAUGUUGCAAAGGACUCUGUUUAAUCUUGGAUACAACUACAAACUGGAACAAGUCAACAAAGGCCUUGACGCCCCACUCUGCAAUAAGUUGUUAUUUAGGCGGGUCCGUGAGUUGUUAGGGGGGAACAUUCGUGCCAUGCUGUGUGGGGGUGCUCCCCUCUCUGCUGCGACCCAGCGCUUUAUGAAUGUGUGUUUCUGCUGUCCGGUGGGCCAAGGCUAUGGACUGACUGAAACCUGUGGAGCUGGAACGAUUACAGAGUAUACCGACUACAGUACUGGGAGAGUAGGAGCACCACUCAUUUGCUGUGAAAUUAAACUACGGGACUGGGCUGAGGGUGGAUACACGAGUCAAGACAAGCCCUAUCCACGUGGUGAGAUAAUGAUUGGUGGCCCCAAUGUUGCCAUGGGAUACUAUAAGAAUGAGGAACUGAAUGAGGAUUUUUGGGUGGAUGAGGCAGGACAGCGCUGGUUCUGCACCGGGGAUGUGGGGGAGGUGCAUCCAGAUGGCUGUCUGAAAAUUGUCGAUCGUAAGAAGGACCUGGUGAAGUUACAGGCAGGGGAGUAUGUGUCACUAGGGAAGAUUGAAGCAGCUCUUAAAAAUUGCCCUCUCAUCGAUAACAUUUGUGCUUAUGCAAACAGUGAACAGAACUAUGUGAUCAGCUUUGUGGUGCCCAAUCAGAAGCAGCUGACUGCAUUAGCCAGUAAGAAUGGUGUUGAAGGCAAGUGGGAGGAGCUUUGUAAUCAUCCUGUGAUAGAGGCAGAGAUGCUGAAAGUCAUCAAAGAAGUUGCGAGUUCCAAUAAGCUUGAGAAGUUUGAGAUCCCAAUGAAAGUCCGUCUGAGCGCUGAUCCCUGGACCCCAGAGACAGGGCUGGUGACAGAUGCUUUUAAACUGAAGAGGAAGGAGCUGAAGAAGCACUAUCAGCCUGACAUCGAGAGGAUGUAUGGGGGCAAAUAACGUCCAUCACAUCCCACAAAGCUGCCAGAACGCGUCUGUAUGUAUUUAGCUGAGCGUUUGUUUGUAAUUGUCAAUUGUCAUAUUUUGUGUAUAUUGUAAAUGGAUCAUAUGUUACCGUCCUUGAGGGAGGCCUCAGAGUUUCAAAUAAUGGUGCAAUGUUGCUGCUCUUUGUCCGUUGGAAUAAAGUUUUUAUAUAAACAAUUGAAUGACAUCACAAACCAGGUAAAAUUUACAUAGCAAAGCAGGGUCACUUGUUUCUUACUGCCCCCUAGUGGCAAUAGAAGUCAAUAUCAGCUGCAGAGAAUUAGUGAUCUGAGGUGUGUAAAUUUGCAUACCCAGUCAAUGAACUGUCAGCAUGCGGUAGAUUUCACUAGCUUGUGUGAGAUUAACACCCCUUUUUUGGAUUUGAAAGCUGACUGACUGGCUGUAAAGAGAGCGUAAACAAAAAGCUUCAACAGGUUAUGAGGAGAAAAAGAACUAAUCAGGAGAGACUCAUUAGAGCACACUUUGUUACAAACACGGUUAGGAUUGUGUAUGUCAUCAGCAAAACUUUUUAGUUUAACAAAAUAAUAGACAAAACAGCUUAUCUUUUAUAACCAGUAUGAUCGUUACAGAACAUUCCAGUCCAUUCCAGAUGAACCAUGCUAUAUCCUUGAAGAAUGUACACUGUCCAAACAAAUGCCUGAUUACUGAUAUACUGCCUAAAGCUAUCAAGAUGAAACAGGAACAAGUUAGGGUUUAAACACACAUGAACACACUUAAACCAAACCAACACUUGACAAAUUUGCUGUCUGUCAAGACACAUUAAAUUAGACAUCUGACAUCAGUACUUAAGAACUCAGUUCACUCCAUCAGUGACCAUAAUAAAUCUCCAAAGUCACCAUCAUGAAUAAGGUCCUUUUUAGAAGGACAUCACUGGAAACUGCCUAGAACUAAGACUUUCCCUGUGACACAAUUUAUCACAUGCCGACGUGUCUUUACCAUACAUCUUAAAUACAAUCAGUUUUGUCAUUUUGCUGCUACAUACAGUAUCUGAUCAAGAGGUCAACUUUUUCCCCCCUAAAGAUCAUUCACUAAUGCUUUCAGACACUAUAGAUCUUGUUUAUGCAUUAACGUGUUUCCUCUUGUGAAUCGUACACUGUGAGAGCAUUCAGUGUAUAUUAUUGCGUGGGUAUCCAUACAUAAGAAUGUUACAUAAUUUAAAUUUUGUAUAUGUGUUGCAAAUGAUCAGUCCAAGAUAAAGUAGACAGAAAAAACUGAUAAGUACUUGAAAGGUUACUUGCACCAACUGGAAGUCUACCUGUUGAAGAAGCUGUAAGAAAAGUCUUGAUGUUAUUAGCCUGUUUGGUUUGUUAUGGUGGAAUGAAUGGGUUUAACCAUGAGUGGCUGGAUUGAAAAACUUUUAGAGUAUCUCCUUUUAAGUAUCUCCUCCCCCAUUUCUAACAUUCAGGUUUAGUGCAUAGUACAUAUGUAUUUUUACAGUUUUAUAGGUAA